AUGGCAACCGAAAUGGUUGGAGGCCAGAGUGACGACGUUCACCAGGCUCCAGCCCACAUCCCUCCCCCGAUGGACGACUACAUAUUUCCGGAUUUACGCCUCAAGCGCAAGAUGACCGACCCGGAGAAGACACCGCUCUUGUUGGUCGCUUGUGGUUCCUUCUCACCUAUCACAUACCUGCACUUGCGGAUGUUUGAAAUGGCGGCGGAUUACGUCAAAUUCAGCACUGAGUUCGAACUCCUUGGUGGUUAUCUGUCACCUGUAUCGGACUCCUACCGCAAGGCAGGUCUCGCCAGCGCAGAAGAUCGUGUCGCGAUGUGUCAACUGGCAGUUGACCAAACCUCCGACUGGUUGAUGGUGGAUACAUGGGAGCCUACUCAAAAAGCUUACCAGCCGACCGCUGUCGUCCUGGAUCAUUUCUACCACGAGAUUAAUACGGUUCGUGGCGGCGUUGAGGCCGCGGAUGGAACCCGGAAGCCUGUUCGGAUUGCCUUGCUGGCAGGAGCCGAUUUGAUUCACACCAUGUCCACCCCCGGUGUCUGGAGUGAAAAGGAUCUGGAUCACAUUCUCGGAAAAUAUGGCUCAUUUAUUGUGGAACGCAGCGGAACGGAUAUUGACGAGGCUCUGGCCAGCUUGCAGCCCUGGAAGGACAACAUCUACGUGAUUCAACAGCUCAUUCAAAAUGACGUUAGCAGCACCAAGAUCCGUCUGUUCUUAAGGCGUGAAAUGAGCGUCCGAUAUCUCAUCCCAGUUCCUGUCAUCCAUUAUAUUGAGCAGCAUCAUCUCUACGAAGAUGAUGGCACUGCCAACGAAAAAGGCAAGGAAAGACAGGACGCUGGAAAGUCAGGGUGA